GUGGUUGUUGUUGAUGGCUGCAGGAUGAAGCUUUGCUUGGGAAAUGUGGGGCUGUUGCUGCUGUUGUUGUGGGUCGGCCUGGCAGCAGCAGGAAAGAUGAAGAUUGUUGAAGAACCCAACUCAUUUGGGCUGAACAACCCAUUUUUAUCCCAGACGAACAAGUUACAACCACGAGUUCAGCCAUCGCCAGUUUCAGGCCCAUCUCACCUUUUCAGACUGGCUGGAAAAUGUUUCAAUUUAGUGGAAUCCACAUACAAAUACGAACUGUGUCCUUUUCACAAUGUUACCCAACAUGAACAGACUUUCCGGUGGAAUGCCUACAGCGGAAUCCUGGGAAUAUGGCAAGAGUGGGACAUUGAGAACAAUACCUUCAGUGGCAUGUGGAUGAGAGAAGGGGAUUCCUGUGGAAACAAAAACAGGCAAACAAAGGUCCUUCUCGUCUGUGGCAAGGCCAAUAAAUUGUCAAGUGUUUCUGAGCCGAGUACAUGUCUCUACUCUUUAACAUUUGAAACCCCCCUGGUUUGCCACCCACAUUCUCUGCUAGUGUAUCCAACACUAUCAGAAGGUUUGCAAGAAAAAUGGAAUGAAGCAGAACAGGCCCUGUAUGAUGAACUUAUUACUGAGCAGGGCCAUGGAAAAAUACUGAAGGAAAUAUUUCGGGAAGCCGGGUACCUGAAAACCACUAAACUUGACGGAGAAGGGAAGGAAACCCAAGAUAAACCCAAGGAAUUCGAUUCACUGGAGAAAUGCAAUAAGGGCUACACAGAAUUGACUUCAGAAAUACAGCGCCUGAAGAAGAUGUUGAAUGAACACGGAAUCUCCUAUGUGACAAAUGGCACAAGCAGGAGUGAGGGUCAGCCCGCUGAAGUGAACACAACCUUUGCACGAGGAGAAGAUAAAGUCCACCUCCGCGGGGAUACUGGAAUUAGGGAUGGACAAUAACAUUCCAGCACUAGUUCCUGUAGCUUAUUCUCACCAUUGAGGCUUAUCAAUGUCUGUACAACCACCAUCCUAAUAACAAAGAAACCUCAAGUACCAUUUUGUUUGGUGACAACGUUUGUGAUUGUACAUCUGUGCUUUAACUUGUAUUGAGCAUCUCCUGUUGAUGGCUAAGCUUGAUUCCACGGGGAGAACUUGAAGUAGAUCUGGAUUUCUAAUAUUGCUUUAAACCAAUUAACCAAUGGGCUGUGGAAGGAGGAGAAGCUCUGAUGGUUCUUAUAAUGCCGCAGACCUUGGAUACUCCUCACAGUGCCUGCCAUUGGCUUCCCUGCAAAUAUUCAAACACAUGCUCAAGUGGAAAGCCUUAAAGGGCUGGUAUACCUUCAAGUUAUCUUUUAUUAUGUUAUAAAAUGGGCAAUUUUAAGCUACUUUCUCAAUUGGUUUUCAUUGUUUAUUUUUUUUUAAUGAUUUGCCACCUUCUUCUGACUCUUUCCAGCUUUGAAAUGGGGGUCACUGACCCUAACUAAAAAAACAAAUGUUCCGCUAAGCCAUGAAUGUAUUGUUUAUUGCUUCUUUUUUAUUGCUAAUCUUCCUAUUCAGACCCUCUCCUAUUCCAGUCUCUUAUUCAAAUCAAUGCAUGGUUACUAGGGUAAUUUGGACCCUAGUUACCAGAUGGCUGAAACUGCAAACAGGAGAGCUGCUGAAUAAAAAGUCAAAUAACUCAAAAACCACAAAUAAUAAAAAAUGAAAACCAAUUGCAAAUUUUCUCAGAAUAUCACGCUCUACAGCACAAUAACCGUUCAUUUAAAGGUGUACCACACCCUUUAAAUCACAAAUCUAUGGUCACAUGGUGAAGCUGAACUUUUAUUUUCCUCAAUUACGGGAUUUCACGAACUUCUUCCUGUUUAACUGGACAAUUUUGAGCCUGUGGAUUUAACAACAUUGACAACUGGAAUGUGAAAAACAUUGGUGGUUCUCAACAUCUAUGUGCUCAGUUUAUGGGACAGAGCCAUUGAUAUGGCUGGAAAUGAGCGGGGUCAGCGCAUUGGAUUGGAUGGACCAAUACUGAUUACAAUUUUGGAGGGCAGGAGUGUAUUUCUUAACAGAUUUGUAUAAAUGAGAAUAGAAAUAGUCCUGGACCCCAGACUUCUAAAGUAGAGCAAAACCUAAACAUGAUUGGUUUGAUGUAGGUUAUUGAAAAUUAAAUGCAUUCCGUUUGUAAUUC